GUAUAUAAGGCAGUUCGUCGAUCUCUAAUAAAGGACGUACAACACCCAAGUCAACAAUUUGAGAAUGGCGUUUGUAGAACCUUUCCGUAUCAAGAUUGUGGAACCCUUACCAAACACCACCAGGGACGAGAGAUUGAGUCUAAUGCUGGACACCGGUUACAACCCUUUCCAGGUUCCAGAUCGAAUGGUCACACUUGAUCUUUGGACGGAUUCCGGGGCUUCAGCAAUGAGCAAUCAGCAGUGGGCCGCCAUGAUCGAAUCCCAAGAGGGGUCUUUUGUUCCUGACAGUUAUGUGAAGUUAAAACAAACCAUUCAAUCUUUAACAGGCUUCCCUUAUAUCCUCCCUGUAAACCAGGGUAGGGUAGCGGAACACGCCCUCUUCUCAAUUCUCGUUAAACCCGGGUUUACAGUCUUUAGUAACACAUUUUAUUCUACCACUAAAACAAAUGCUGAACUUGUUAACGCUAAAACUACCCAACUUCCUUGCACGUUUGUCGAUGGUGGGCUCUUUAAUGGUAAUAUUGACUGUGAGAAACUGGAAGAAGAAUUGGCUCGGGUAGAGUUAGGCAAUGGUAUGGUUGUCUUGACCUUGACCAGCAAUAAUCAGGCAGGACAACCAAUAUCUAUGGCAAACAUGAAGCGAGCAUCUGAGAUCUGCCAUGACAAGGGUAUUCGAGUGUUCAUGGACGGAUGUCGCUUUGCGGAAAAUGCCUACUUCAUCAAAAUAAGAGACAAGACGUAUGCUAACAGUUCAGCCAGAGACAUUGCUCUUGAGAUGUUCUCCUAUUUCGACGGUUUUUACCUGUCCGCUAAGAAGGAUGGCUUGUGCAACAUUGGUGGCCUUAUAGCAGUUAGAGACGGGGACCUCUUCGCCACAAUUAGGGGCCAGUUAAACCGAACAGUUGGGAAAUGGAGACUGGGUGGAAUGGCCACCCGAGAUCUUGAUGCUAUUGCGAUAGGAUUGUUGGAAGGGAUUGAAGAUAGCUAUCUGAAGUAUCGAAUUGAAACACUGACACAGUUUGGAGAUUUACUGAAGAAAGCUGGCGUGUCUAUUGUGGAACCGGUCGGGAGUGCACUUUACAUCAACGCAGCUAAAUGUUUGCCUCAUAUUCCAACACACCAGUAUCCGGCGUGGGCUCUCAACUGUGCUCUGUUUGUUGAAGGAGGCAUCCGUGGAGCCCAUGGUCCAAAUGUGUUGGAUGUCGAUGACAGAAAUGACCGUGAAAGUCAUCAACAUUUCGUAAAACUCUGCAUCCCAAGGAGAGCCUACACCUUGUCACACCUGCUUUUUAUAGCAGAUAUAUUCAAGCAAAUUAUAGCGAAAAAGGAGAGAGUGUCUGGAAUGAGAAUUGUUGGAAAUGGGCAUUAUUACAAGGUUAAGACGGCGCCUGUGGAAGCAGUAUUGAUUAACGUGUAAACCUUAUGUGAAGCACCAGUUGUUCUUUAUUUAUUGAACUGCUAAUAUAGAAAGUUGUGGCAUGUGGCUUUGAAGGGAAUGAGUGUGUGAGUAGUUGGGUAGAACGCAGUUUUAAACUCUGAAGAUCAGUAAAGCAGUUUUAUGUUACUUCAGCAGAGGCCUAUCAUUUAGUA